AUGUUAGUGUCUGAUGUCAAAUACUUGUCUUUUGCCGAUUUAAUGGCUCUGGCAAACGCGGCGGGGGCGGAGGAUGAGUCUUUGCCGGCGGCAAUCGAGGAAGAUCCAUAUGAAGUAGCUGCUGCGUCUCAGCUGAUGCUACAACAAAGUGGUAAAGCAACAACUGAAAGUCAUAAGUCGUCAACAAAAGCUGUUGCAGGAACUUCUAAUCCUGCACAUUUUGGGAAUAAAGAUUCGAGAGAUUGUCUUUACUCAGCGUGUGAACGAGAGUAUACGAAGAAACGCAGCCAAUGUAAAAGGAAAGCCAUGGAACGGAAAAAGAUUACUUGGGGCUCAAGUCUUGGCAAGAAUCGAGAAGCCGGUGACAUGGACUGUGGAAGUAACGUAGCACCAGUGAAUCUUGAUGAAGAAGCUGAGACCUUACCUAACAGAGCUCAUCCGGAUGGAUUUGGAGGCAGAGACAAAUUGUUUGCGAAGAAAUACGUCCGGAGAAGAAGAGGGGAACAAGAAGGAGCAACUGGGAACAAGAACUUCAAAUCUUGUAUCAAGAUCUGGUAUAGUUGUCUCUGA